AUGUCUUCUGGUGAUGCUCGUCGAAGACAACGUGUCUCUAGAGCUUGUGAUGAAUGCCACCGAAGAAAGAUAAAAUGCGAUCAACAAAAGCCCUGUUCCAAUUGUAGAACAUACAACUAUGAAUGUACAUAUGGCCAGCCUUUUAAACGAUUGUUGCAUUCUCCCGAAAAAUACAUUCAAUUUCUAGAAUUUCGUCUCAAGUAUUUAAAGAAAAUGACCGAGCAAGUCAUUCCUGAUGUUAAGCUCCCAGCCUUCCUUAAUAUCCCAAAUGAAAAUUUUGAUUAUGGUCCCGAAAGUGUUCAUACCGAGAAAGAGACCUCUCCUACACAGGGUCCUUCACACGAAGAGAUUGACAGUGUUUUUGAUCGAUAUGGUCAAUUAAGUUUAAGGGAUAACGGGAACGCAGACUAUCGAGGCAGUUCUUCUGGUUUUGUCUUUAUGCAAAACAUCCACAAAAACAUUGCUCGGGCUUCUUCUUCUUCUUCUUCUUCUGGUCAGGGUCAGAAACACUCGACUCCUUGUAGUGACCCUUCUACGCUUCCCUAUCUUCCUCCGACGCCAGCGGUAGAUGACGGGAAGGAUGUUAUUCCGCAGAUUCAAUUUCCUUCAUAUGAGGAAGCCCGCUCUGUUACGGGUAAUUUUUUUUUAAGUGAUCACUUUUUGGUUCAUCUUCAUCAUAUUCCGACAUUUUAUGAACGAUUGCACACAUAUUACUACUCGGAAAAAAAGGAUCCUACUUUUCAUUUUCUGUUGGCAGCCACUUUGUGUCUUGGCUACACGUACCUCUCGUCACCUAGUAAUGCUUUCGUUUACCCUUAUCACAAAGCGUACAAAUACUAUUACUACAUACGAUCUGCAUUUCAUUUUGAAGAGAGUUAUGAUAUUGAGGUCAUCCAGGUUCUUAUUUCUAUAGCGCUGUUCGCCUUGUUUAGUUCAAGGCUUUCACAAGCUUAUAGUUUUAUGAACAUUGCAUUGUUUUGCUGUCAUGAGCUAGGUCUUCAUAGAGACUUUUCCGAUGUUCUUACGUCCCCGGAAACUAGGUUGCGAAAGCGCGUGUUUUAUUCUGUGUAUAUAAUGUCUUGCUACGCAAGUACAAUUAUUGGUCUCCCUCUCAAUAUAGAAGACGAUGAAAUUGAUCAAGGGUUGCCGAAUUCGUACGACUUCGUCUUAGAUAAUGAAGCUAUUCCUGCCAACGUGGUAGCAUCUGAAUGCGGUAGCUUGGAGAUAUUUAAUCAACAUAUAUCUCUUUCUAGGAUUCUAAGCCAUUUUGUUCGAAAAGUUUACCCUAUAAAGUCAAGUAAUGACACUAAUUGUCGUGUUUCCCUUACUGCAGUGAGAGAAAAUGAGAACAGAUUGACGAAUUGGUGGAAAAAUCUGGCAAGCUAUUUGAAGGUAGACGAGGUUCCUGAGUUUUCUCCUAAAUGGAUCCAGGCUAUAAGUUUAGAGCUCAAGUUUCGCCAAAUUGAGCUUAUUUUUUAUAGGCCCUUUGUCCACAAUAUCACGGAUCCGUUGGAGGAGUCCACGGCGAAACCAACGAAGCCUUCGAGCUUUGCAUUGAAGUGUGUGCAAUCAGCCGAACGUAUUGUGGAAUUGCUGAAAAAGCUUUCUAGAUCGCCGAGUAUGCCAAAGAUGUUUUUCAAUUUAUACGCAGGUUACUACGCCUUAAUGACAUUGGUAUAUUCCGCAAGUUUAACGAGAGAAACUACAGCAAGAUCAAACGCUUUUAUUGAGAAGGCACGCGAAGGAUACUCCAUGUUGGCUGGAAUUUACCAAGGAUCGGCCUACUUUUCUACAAUUUUAGAUGCAGUUCGCAAUAUGCUACUUGCCUAUGAUAUGAAUCUUUCUCGGACGGACUAUCCUCACCAUCCAUCUCAGAAUUUAAUCCCCAAUCAGUUGCCAAAGGGUAAAGCAAACAUUCCUCAGGACAUGCCAAUGCCCGCACCAUUAGGGGUUCCUCAGAUUGGAGGGAAUAUCCCGUUUUCUGCUUAUUCCUUAGUAAAUGGUGAACCAUUUUUUUAUCCUUCUUAUCCGUCCUAUCCGAAUUAUCCAUCGUAUGCAGGAGCACCCUUGCCAACCCAAGGUAAUUAUCCUCUGCUACCGCAGUCAGGGUAUUACGAUCCUAACGCCUUAAAUCCCGAAAAAAAUUAUGGGAAAUAUCCUUCAUACAAUUCGAUGCCAUAUUCAGCCCCUUAUACUGGAAACACAAUACCACAUACUUAUCCAUCAUAUCCUAUGUAUCCGUAUCCCAUCCCUCCUUAUUAUUCGCAACCUCAGCCAUCUACAUUGUCGGACCCCAACACUAUGCCCUCCGGCAAUGCGCCUCUGAAUUAUGGAAUGCCCAGUGGACCUGUCCCCCCGAUCACAUACUCUUCAUAUUUUACAGGGGCUGAUCAAUCUGGCAAAAGGUCCUUAGAUGCAUUGAACAUGAGGCAAAGCAAGCGUUAA